CCAUGCUUGUGGUCAACUAUUUGGUCUACCAUCUUCUCCCGAUAAUUCGGCAUUUCAGUCGAUUCGGUGCAACGAACUCGGACUUAUCCAGUGCUUACAAACAGUCACAUUUCUUUGCUUUUGACUGAACAUAUCUUACGUGGAGAUGGAUCCAAGUGAAGUGGAGUUUUUGGGAGAGAAGAAGUUUGUUGAAAUAAUACCAAGUUUUUCGUUCAAUCAGAUACAUCUAAUUUCUGGUUCUGUAGGACCGUUUCGAGCCGGUUUACCAACCCUAGUACCGAUAUGGUUAGCUGUGAAUUUAAAACAACAACAAAAGUGCCGUAUCGUUAGACAAGAGUGGAUGAGCGUUGAUGUACUGAACGAAGUCAAAACAGCCGAACAAAACAGCGAAUUCUUCACAAAAAUGCCAAGCGAUCAUUAUAUGGACGAGGCUUUAGUAUUACUGGGCGUAGCUUCAGAUGAUAUUGAGGAUUCAGAUCAGAUUCGAACUAUUAUAAAGGAUAUUUGGGAUAUCAGAAUGUCCAAAUUAAGAACAUCCGGUGAUUCUUUAGUGAAGAGCGAUAGCACGUAUGGUAAACUAGACCAUUUAACUCCAAUGGAGGUGAACAGUUUUCGACCUCUAUUUCCUCACGUUCUUGACCAAAUUUUGCGCCUUCAAAUGUGUGGGUCUACACAGAUAGCAACGCAAAGCUCGCAGGAUACGCAAUAACGAUUAACUGUAAUCCCUUUUUAAUGAAUCUGCAGCUCAGGUGAUCAGUGUGAAUUUCUCGGGGUAUAACUAUUGACUUUUC